GAAGACGGCGAUUCGUUGAUUAAACCACUAUGGUGGACUCGUUCAUUCUAGAAGUACGAAGACCCCAAGCUUGUGCUUGUUGUGAUUGUAAACAAUCACACAUUGUCAGAAAUUUCAUUUAGAAAGAUGCCUUUAGCUGUGAGAGAUUACACAUGGGAAGAAACCGAGAAAAUGGUUUUCCUUACCGUGCCAUUAAAAGGAGUGAAGGGUAAUAAAGUCGACAUACUGUCAUCAGAGGACUACAUCAAGGUUAGCUACCCACCUUACUUCUUUGAAUGUUUCCUUCGCGAGAGCAUUGAUGAUGUCUCCAGUACAGCACAGAUUGGUAAUGGGGCUGUUGUGUUCAAACUUCUGAAGAAAGAGCCCCAACUAUGGAAUCAAUUACAUCAUGAAAAAGCAGAUGAUAAAGAUUUCAAGAGACAAAUAAUAGAUGAAGCCGUCAAACGAAACCAGGAGAGGGCAGAAUUAUCUGCUAAAGAAAAGGCUGAGAAGAAGCGAGAAAGUGAAAAAUAUGCCAUGAAUGAAAUGAUGAAGCUGGAACAAGAAGAGCGAGACAGAAUUGCAAACAUUAAAGAAUCUGAAAAGAAAAAAGCCAUGGAGGAACUUGAAAUUUGGAAAGAGCAACAAAGACAAGCUGCCGAACAGGAGAAAAACAGAAUUAUGGGAGAGGAAAGAGCUAAAGUAGCUGCCCGUAAAGAGGAAAUGAUGAAAGAAAAGAAAAGGAAAAGUAAAAGUAUUUUUGAGGAUGCAAGUAAUGGAGUUCCGACGAGAGAUGUUGGUAAAAUUGAGAUUAAGUUUACCCCCCGAGUAUUCCCGACACCGGUCAGAGAAUCUCAGUCCCACCUGGAGGAAGAGUGGUUGAAAAAACAAGCAGAGGCCAGAAAAAUUACUGAAAUUGAAGACAAGGACUUAACAGAGGAAGAGAAAGAUCCUAUAUACCUCAGAGAUAAGGGAGUUUCAUUUUUCAAGUCUGGAAACUACCUGGCUGCCGUGAAUGCUUUUACCACAGCCCUACGCUUCAAUCCCAAAAUGCCAUCAUUGUAUUCAAAUAGAGCAGCCUGCCAUUUGAAGACAAGAAAUUUCUUUAAGUGCAUUGAAGAUUGCUCAAAGGCAAUGGACCUGUUAAGUCCCCCCGUCCCUCAGAAUGCCAGCAGCAGAUGUAAGGCUCUAGUCCGCAGGGGCACCGCUUUCUGUGAGCUGGAGAUGUAUGUAGAAGGUUUACAGGAUUAUGAAGCAGCUCUGAAGAUAGACCCUGAUAAUAAACAGGUGCUUGAGGAUGCAGAAAAAAUGCGGAAAAUUAUCCAAUCCAGCUCAGAAAGCUGAUAGGAAGGAAAUAGAUUGUGUCAAGUCUGGUGCAUUGUGAGCAUAGAAACCAUAAACCAGGCUCCUGCGAGUCCUUGGGCCACAGAUUGGUGGAUUGUAUGGAUUGAGCUGGUCCAACUACCGAUAAAAGAAGUGUAUACUUUGUGA